AUGCAGGCCUCGGAUGUAGCAAGCACAAGCGCCGUUCCCAUGGACUCGGCGCGACCCAACGCCGGCGCCGGAGCCGCCGGCGACGGGCUCGGCUGGGUCGAGCCGCCAGCGGGCCUCAGCCUCCAGCAGGUCCACUACCUCGUCCGCCACGGCGAGAGGACACCCGUGCGCACCCGCCUUACCCACCUCUUCCCUCAGCGAUGGAACCUCUGCCACGCCGGCCGCAAGUUUGAGGCCGCGGUACUCGACCUCACCCCGACCACCGAAGACUCACGGCCAACGCUCAACGUCGGCCGCGUCGACAUCCAGACACAGGGUCACGCCGGCCGGCUGCGCGUCAACCGCGCCGUCGAGGGCGAGGACUCUCAGGGGAGACCUGUUCGCGGCGAGGAGGGCGAGUGCCUGCUGGGCGAGCUGACCGACCUCGGCCGCCUCUCGACGCUUCGCUUCGGACGUGAGCUGCGUUCGCUCUACAUUGACAAGCUUGGCUUCCUCCCGCAACGCCUUACGCCCGACGACGCCGACAAGGUCUACUUCCGGAGCACCAACAUGAGCCGCACCAUCGAGACUCUGCAGCAGCUGAUCCGCGGCAUGCACCCGCAGACGAUGCAGCCGGCCUCGCCCGCGGGCACCGCCGCCGCCUUUGUGCCGCAGGUCCUCGUCCGCAACGGCACCAACGAGAACCUGCUGCCCAACACCUUUGGCUGCUCGAGGCUCCGCUCGCUCGAUCGCGCCUUUGCCGACGCCGCCGCACGCGCGCUCAACCCGUCGCUGGAGAAGCUCGACGCCAAGACGAUGCCCUACACCAACGGCGUGCCGAUGCGCGUCGACGGCCACCCCAGGCUCAACGGCCUCUUUGACACGAUCCGUGCGGCGCAGUCCCACGGGUUCAAGGUGCCCCCCGUGUUCCUCGAGAGCGAGACGCAGUCGAUUGUCGAGAACGCCAUCGUCGGCGAGUGGUUCUCGGGCUACCAGGCCGAGGAUCCGGAGAAGCGGCUCGAGUUCCGCCGGCUCGCCAUGGGGCGGCUCCUCGAGGACCUCGCCGGCCGGAUGCAGAAAAAGGCCGACAAGGGCGACGCCGAGGCGCUCAAGUUUGCCCUCUACGCCACGCACGACACCUCGCUGGCCGGUCUGCUGUGCACGCUCGACUGCUUCGACUUCCGCUGGCCCGUCUUCACCGCGUCGGUCGGCAUCGAGCUGUUUCAGGAUCAGAAGGCAGCGCCGUCGAUCUUUGGGCGCGCCAAGAGCCUGAUGUCGUCGCUGACCGGGGGCGCCGCGGCGUCCUCUGACCACUAUGUCCGAGUGCGGUACGGCGAUCGGACGAUGAAGCUGCCGGCGUGCGCGGACCAGGGCAAGCACUACGAGGGGCACCCCGAGCUCUGCACGCUCGAGGCGUUCCGGGGCAUUGUCAAGGAGCUGCAGCACCCCAAGGGGUGGAACUGGGAGCAGCAGUGCGCGGUAGGCCAGGGCGCCACGAGCAGCAAGUGA